UCUCCAAGCACCAGGGUCCUCGGCUUCUGGAACAAAAACGACUCAAACCGACAAGGUCCUGUGCUAGCCAGCGCAGCCAUGUCGGCGAAAGCCAUCUCAGAGGAGACAGGAAAAGAUUUAUUAUAUAAGCAUAUCUGCACUUCAGCGGCCGUGCAGAAUCGCUUUUCCUAUGCCAGAGUAACCACCGAGACUGACUGGGACAGCCUCACGAAGGAGCAUCCAUGGCUGCUGACAGAGCGUCUUGUGGUGAAGCCAGAUCAGCUCAUCAAGCGACGUGGGAAGCUUGGGCUGGUGGGCAUCAACCUUGACCUGCAGGGUGUCAAGGAAUGGGUCAAAAGCCACAUCAUGAAAGAGACCACUGUGGGAAAGGCAAAGGGUGUGCUGAAGAACUUCCUCAUUGAGCCGUUUGUUCCACACACACAGGAAGAGGAGUUUUAUGUGUGUAUCUAUGCCACACGUGAGGGCGACCAUGUGCUUUUCCACCACGAGGGAGGAGUGGAGGUGGGUGACGUGGACGCCAAGGCCCAGAGGCUGAUGGUUGCAGUGGACGACAAGCUGAGCGAGGAGCAAGUCAGAGAUCAGCUCCUCAUACACGUCCCUGAAAAUAAAAAAGAAGCCCUGUCUAGUUUUAUCGUGGCUCUCUUCAACUUUUACGAGGACCUCUAUUUUACCUACCUCGAGAUCAACCCCCUCGUUGUCACCCACAAAGGAGUGUACGUCCUUGACAUGGCCGCCAAGAUUGAUGCCACAGCGGAUUAUAUCUGCAAGGCUAAAUGGGGUGACAUUGAGUUCCCACCACCUUUCGGCAGAGAGGCAUAUCCAGAGGAGGCCUACAUAGCCGAUCUGGAUGCAAAGAGCGGGGCCAGUCUGAAGCUGACCCUGCUGAACCCUAGUGGCCGGAUCUGGACCAUGGUGGCGGGAGGAGGAGCUUCGGUUGUGUACAGUGACACCAUCUGUGAUUUGGGUGGAGUGGAUGAGCUGGCAAACUACGGCGAAUAUUCUGGCGCUCCGAGCGAACAGCAGACUUACGACUAUGCAAAAACCAUCCUCUCGCUCAUGACGCGUGAAAAACAUCCUGAAGGGAAAGUGUUGAUCAUUGGAGGAAGUAUUGCCAACUUUACCAAUGUAGCAGCCACAUUCAAGGGCAUUGUCAGAGCCAUCAAAGACUACCAAGGUCCCCUGAAGGAGCAUGAGGUCACAAUCUUUGUUCGACGUGGUGGACCCAACUACCAGGAGGGGCUGAGGGUGAUGGGGGAAGUUGGAAAAACCACAGGUAUUCCUAUCCAUGUUUUUGGGACUGAGACUCAUAUGACAGCCAUCGUUGGAAUGGCCAUGGGCCACCGGCCGAUCCCCAACCAGCCUCCAAUGGACGCACAUACUGCCAACUUCCUCCUCAACGCCAGCAAUAGUGCAAUGACUCCAGCUGCAACAAGGACGGCGUCGUUCUCUGAACCCAGGACGCCUAAUGACGCCAUCCCAGCUAAAAAGUGUAAAGCAGGUCUUCCAGCAGACUCUCUUCAUUCUAUUCUGUGGCCUCUGAAGAAUGUGGUCAUAGCAGAUUGGAAAGAAGCACAAGCCUCUUCAGGCUGCAGCGGAGCCAAAGCCACCACCCUCUUCAGAAAAAAUUCCAAGGCCAUUGUCUGGGGCAUGCAGACCCGCGCUGUGCAAGGCAUGAUGGACUUUGACUACGUUUGCUCCCGGGAAGAACCCUCUGUGGCAGCCAUGGUCUAUCCCUUCACUGGGGAUCACAAGCAGAAGUUCUAUUGGGGCCACAAAGAAAUCCUGGUGCCAGUCUAUAAGAACAUGGCCGAUGCCAUGAAGAGGCAUCCCGAGGUGGACGUCCUUAUCAGCUUUGCUUCUCUGCGCUCCGCGUUCGACAGUACAGUUGAGGGAAUGCAGCACCCGCAGAUUCACACUAUUGCCAUUAUAGCUGAGGGCAUCCCUGAAGCCCAGACAAGAAAGUUGAUCAAGAUGGCUGAUGAGAAAGCUGUCACGAUCAUUGGCCCCGCCACGGUUGGUGGCAUCAAGCCUGGUUGUUUUAAAAUCGGUAAUACAGGUGGUAUGCUGGACAACAUCCUGGCUUCCAAACUCUACCGUCCUGGCAGUGUGGCUUAUGUGUCGCGGUCUGGGGGAAUGUCCAACGAGCUGAACAACAUCAUCUCCCGCACCACAGACGGCGUCUAUGAAGGUGUAGCCAUUGGAGGAGACAGAUAUCCAGGCUCCACGUUCAUGGAACACGUCCUUCGUUACCAGGACACUCCAGGGAUUAAGAUGAUAGUCAUGCUGGGAGAGAUCGGAGGCACAGAGGAGUACAAGAUCUGCCAAGGGAUCAGAGAGGGCAGGAUAACCAAGCCUGUAGUGUGCUGGUGUAUUGGAACCUGUGCCACCAUGUUUGCUUCAGAGGUUCAGUUUGGCCAUGCAGGGGCCUGCGCCAACCAGGCUUCAGAAACAGCAGUAGCUAAGAACCAGGCUCUGAGGGACGCCGGAGCUUAUGUUCCGAAGAGCUUUGAUGAGCUGGGAAGCGUCAUCAAGACUGUUUAUGAUGAGCUGGUCGCCAAUGGUACCAUCAUUCCUGCUCAGGAGGUUCCUCCCCCGACAGUUCCUAUGGAUUACUCCUGGGCAAGGGAAUUGGGACUGAUCCGUAAACCAGCCUCGUUCAUGACGAGCAUCUGUGACGAGCGAGGCCAGGAGCUCAUCUACGCUGGCAUGCCAAUCACUGAGGUCUUUAAGGAGGAGAUGGGUUUAGGAGGAGUGCUGGGCUUGCUCUGGUUCCAGCGCAGGUUGCCGCGCUACGCCUGCCAGUUCAUUGAAAAGUGCCUGAUGGUGACAGCGGACCACGGGCCAGCUGUGUCUGGUGCACACAACACCAUUGUCUGUACUCGUGCUGGCAAAGACCUUAUCUCAUGCCUCACCUCUGGUCUACUCACCAUCGGGGACCGAUUCGGGGGGGCUCUGGAUGCAGCUGCAAAGCAGUUCAGCAAAGCAUUCGACAGCGGCAUGCUCCCCAUGGAGUUUGUCAACAAGAUGAAGAAGGACGGAAAGCUGAUCAUGGGCAUCGGCCACAGGGUCAAAUCGAUCAACAACCCGGACGUGCGGGUGCAGAUUCUGAAGGACUUUGUUAAGCAGAGUUUCCCCUCCACCCAGCUACUCGACUACGCCCUCGACGUCGAGAAAAUCACCACCUCAAAGAAACCCAACCUGAUCCUUAAUGUAGAUGGUUUUAUUGGUGUUGCCUUCGUUGACCUGCUCAGGACGUGUGGCGGCUUCACACGAGAUGAGGCUGACGAGUUUGUGGAGAUCGGUGCACUGAAUGGGAUCUUUGUCCUUGGCCGCAGUAUGGGCUUCAUUGGCCAUUACCUGGACCAGAAGAGACUGAAACAGGGUUUGUACCGACACCCCUGGGACGAUAUCUCCUAUGUUCUCCCUGAACACAUGUCCAUGUAAACGAGACAUCAGACUGGGACGCACUUCCUGAUGUGACCGCCCGUCUCACUUGGUGUAUUGGUACGCCCCGGUUAACAGCUGCCUUCUGGAAAAAAGGCCAGGAGGAUUCUGGAGAGUUGAAUUACUCUCUGGCUGAGGGAUCUGGGAAGAGGUUUUCAAUCUAGUUUUUACGGAGACAAAGGGGAAGUAUAUUUUUAGAUUUAUCUUUUGACAAAUUAUUUAAAAAAAAGUCUGAGAUGUAACUUAUUCAGUUUUGAACAGAGAGCCAAACCAAUGCAGAUUACAGCAAUUGCAGGAGCUUAAAAUCAACCGGUACUUUAAAACCAAAUGCUAAGGAUCUGUUUUGCUUAGUUGGUACGAGACCGGGAUUCAAAGCCCAUUUCAAACCUGACCCGUGUGACAGAGUCUAAGUUAAAUUGCAGUAGCUGAUAAGAGAAAUGUGUUCAAGCUCAGCAAUACUUUGAGACUUUAAUACUACUUACCAAAAAAAAAAAAAAACUUUUUUAUUUUAUUUUAAAUAAGCAGCUGUUCCCUGUUUCAAGCCACAAGAAAAGUGUGCUUACGCAUGCUUUGUCUUUGAGUAUUGCACCUUAGUUUAAACUCUAGCAAAUGUAGACCAAUGAUUUAUUUUCCUUUCUUCUCCACGGUUCAAUCCCAUUGAGAAACAUCCAAAAAAUAAACCAAAGUUAUUUUUAGGAAGUUGUCUUUGUUUAAAAGUUUAAAAACAGGCUCCGUGGUUGUUAUUACAGAGCUAAUCUACAUCUGACAUUUUGAGGAGGAGGCGUCGUAAUGAGCUGAAGGAAUUAAACCCGAACUGAUUUAAGUGUCACUCCACCAUUGCCUUUUUUGACAACUACCCUGUUUACAAACCCUGUUAUCAACAAGUGGUUGGAAUUCAUCAGCAGCUGUAAAUUAGAUGCAUUUGAGACCUUUACAAUAAAUCCAAACCUAACCACAUGCGUUGCUGUUCUGAAUAUCUGUCAGAAAACACAAACGCGUGGACACUCCAAACAAAACGCUUCAUGAAUGAGCCCUGUGAGUCUCGGAGGCAUCUUUUCGAGAGGGACCAUGAAAGCAGAAAUCGAUUGCUCAUUAUAAUGAUGUGGGAUCUGUAAAAGAUUUGUUCGCUGAAGUCUUGCCACCAACUCAAAAGGCUUUGAAACCACCCACUUUACAGCCUGUUAUGUUUGACCUUUGUUUUGCUGUUUUUAUUUAACUGUGAAAAAAAAUGCUUUGUUUUUGUAAUAAUGCUGUCAUAUAGUAGUAUAAUAAAUAAACAAGUGUUGUUUAACUUUUCA